UAUAAAUUUAUAUUUUUAGAUAAAGUUAGUGUCAAUAAUAUACUUGAUUUCGACGCAUCCAUUUCACAGAUCCGUUUUUGUAUAUUUCCUUUUUUUUUGUUCAAAUGGAAGAAAGUGAUAAAUGUAUGGAAAAUCGAUAAAAACUUAAAACUCAAUAUAAACAUGUAUGCGUAAGUGCUAAAAAUAAAAUCUUUGAAGGUAGAGGAAAAAUUAAAAACCUUCCUUAAAUAUUCGUAAUGCAAAUAGAAAACGCAGCAUAGUUAUUCGUGUUGUUAGUAGUUGAAUUUUGAAUCGUUUCGUUUCUCUCUUACAAUGAUGUAUUGUGCCAAACUUUUUGCUAUCAAUUUUAUUUUGUAUCAUGUUGUUGCCUAUCCGUUAUCUAUUCACUUUAUCCGGGGUUUACAUUUUCGAUGAUUUUUUUUUGGUUUAGUUAGUCCAUGUUGUCCUUUAUUUCUGCACUUGCCGAUCCCAGACUAAGAAAAAAAUGAAGGUCAGGAUGAUCAACCAAGACCGUCCGCAUUUCAUAAAGCCCAUUAACGACGAUUUUGGGAAAGAAUUUCUUAUUCCUUUGAAGUUCAUGCGCCACUUGGAACCAACAAAUGAUCUAACUGCACUGAUAAGAAGUCCAACAUCAAAGAACUAUUAUGUCAGGAUUGACGGGAGAAAGAUUGAAAACAAUUGGGCACAAUUUGCAGUGGACCAUGAUCUUCAUCUACAUGACAUUCUGAUGUUCGAAUACACAGACAAUAUGAUAUUCAAAUUAAUGGUUUUCGAUUCAGAUGGUCUUGCAAAGGAAUUUCGACAACCAGAUGAAGACGUCCCAAAAGAAGCGAAUAAGCCAAAGUUCAAAGCCAUUAUGACACCUUCAACUCUGAGAGACAACAGAUUGGUCAUUACCAAUAAAUAAUACAAAAAGCAAAUACAUUUAAUCUCAUAUUAUGCAUCUUCAUUAUAUUAUUACUUUUUUAAACCUAAUAUCUUUCUCUGCAGCUCAUCCCAAUAGCUUUUGCAAGAUCAACUAACCUAGCAGACAAAGUCGACAACACUGAAGUAAUUCUGAUGAAUGAAAAGGGACAACAUUGGACCGCACAUCUUAAAAAGAAGAGAUCACGACCAGUUGUCUAUAUCGGAAUUGGAUGGACAAGAUUCAUGGCUGAUAAUGACUUGAAAAAAGGCAAUUCUUUUGUCAUGAAACUGCUUGACAAUGGUGUGAGACCAACAUUUCUUAUUCAAAAGGAGGUACUCCACGCAUGAAAAGCAACUAUCUUAUCAAAGAAACGAUGGCAUCCUUCCAAGUUAAAUGUAAUCCUGGAAAUAUUCUUAUUACCUUAGCUUGGGUACUAACUUAUGUUAUGGAUGUUGUAAUAGACCAUCAAUGUCGUUCAAUAUUAGCAUAUUAUGAUGGCUGC